GAGGAAAAUGAAGUUUUGAGUAAAAUGAGAUGUCUAUGUUUUUUCAUAAAAACUGUGCUUUCAGUCAUUGGAGUUUUUGGCUCAUGUCCACAGAAUUCACCAAAUAUUGUGAUAAGCAGUUGUGAUGGAAUAUUAAAAUCUGAAACAGAACUUUAUAUCGACUUUACAAAGAUAAAUCAACCGUGUAACUGCAUUGUGAUCCCGGCGUUUGAUGGUGACUUGUUUGUGAGAGCAGAGGUAAACGUAUCUCAAUGUGAUGCAUUUGUAAGAGUUAACAACACUUUUCUUUUCAACUGUCAAGAGAAAGUUGAAUCAUCAACUGUUAAAGUGAAGAAAACACACCCAGUUACAGUGGAAGCUGACUUCAAAUCAGAGAGUUCUCGUACAAGUUUUUACCACUGUCUACGCAUUCAGGAAAAUGGCGGAAGAAAUGGACUUUUGGAAGCUAAAUGUGGAACAUCGACAUUUACGAGUACACAAUCUUUGACAGACACAUCAGCGACAAUAAUACAUCAAACCAGUUCUCAAAUAUUGUUGACUACGAUUCCUUUUACAUUACAAGACAAAACAGUCAGUCACACUAGCGUUCAAGAAGGCCAAUCAAAUCUCCCUUUCCAAAUAUCUUUGGGGAUUUUUGUGAUGAUUGCGGUUGUGUCAGUGAUGCUCAAUAUAUACUUCUUCAGUAUGAUAAGCAAAAAUACCACAGCAAAGAAAUCUUCGAAAGAAACUUUUGGUGAAUUGGACCGGUCUGGUAUAAAUCAUUCCCACGCAGAUACGUACACAGAGCUGGACAUGUCAAAUAUUGUAACAGUGACUGCAGAGUCAACAAACAAAUAUGACUCAUUGCAACCUCAAAACCACUACAUCAAUUAGACUAUUUCUAUUUGGCUUGUGCUUACGAUUUGUUGUAAAUUGAUUU